CGAUUAGAAGUUGGGGGUUCGUAGGCGACUGAAUGGCAAUUAUGCACGUCUUUUGCCUUUGCCUUACUGACGCCAUCCCAUCCCGAAAGCCUUGAUCGCGCAACGAACCAUUUCGCUAAGACGAAGAAGACUCGGCCUAUCGCGCUGCCCCAGGUUUUACUACCAACGCGAAGUUCUGAAGUAAGGGGCAUAUAACAAAUAUCCACUUCAACUCGAAAUUGCGACUCGUCGGCCUUGGGCGCCUCGACGUAAACCACGGAGCCCUCCUUAGCUAUUGCCAUGAGCGACCUCGACAAAGCCAUUGCGCAAUUGCGCGCCUGCCGACCGAUACCCGAAGCGCAGGUUCGAGAACUGUGCCAUAAGGCACGGGAGUUACUCAUUGAAGAGGGCAACGUCGUCACGGUUACAGCUCCCGUAACGAUAUGCGGUGAUAUCCACGGCCAGUUCCAUGAUCUCAUGGAGCUCUUCCGCGUUGGUGGCGACGUCCCCGACACCAAUUACCUUUUCAUGGGUGACUUUGUCGACCGUGGCUUUUACUCGCUCGAGUCCUUCCUCCUCCUUCUCUGCCUCAAAGUUCGCUAUCCCGACCGUAUGACCCUCAUUCGCGGCAACCACGAGUCCCGUCAAAUCACCACCGUCUAUGGCUUCUACGACGAGUGCCUGCGGAAAUAUGGUUCGGCCAACGUCUGGCGCUAUUGCUGCGACGUCUUCGACUACCUUGCUCUUGGGGCCAUCGUACUAGGCGCAUCGCACACGUUCAACUCCCCGCCGGAGCAAGAACCCAUCAACGAAGAUGUGGAGAUCGAGGUCUGCGACCAGGCUGGCUCAACAAUGAGCCGAUUCCCCAGACAAAGACGGCCACAGCGGCAACCGACACCUGGCAGUCCAAAUGGCGCGCCUUCGGGCGACAAAACAGGCCCGCCGGGCAGUGGCGCAUCGGGAAGCUCGGCAGGUUCCAUCGGCAACCCCGCCGGCGCCAUUCUAUGCGUCCACGGUGGUCUCUCCCCCCUGAUAGACAGUGUCGAUAAGAUCCGGCUUCUCGACAGGAAGCAAGAGGUGCCGCACGAAGGAGCCAUGUGCGAUUUGCUUUGGUCUGACCCAGACGAUAUCGAUGGAUGGGGGUUGUCGCCACGCGGUGCUGGGUUCUUGUUUGGUGCUGAUAUUGUCCGCGACUUCAACCACAAGAACGAUCUGUCGCUUAUCGCGCGUGCCCACCAGCUCGUCAUGGAGGGUUUCAAAGAGAUGUUCGACGCUAGUAUCGUCACGGUUUGGUCGGCGCCCAAUUAUUGCUACCGCUGCGGCAACGUUGCGGCGAUCCUCGAACUGGCGGAGGACGACUCAGGCACUGGUGUCUUCGCGCGCAGCAAUGGCGACAGGGGCCGCAGUGACGGCGGUAUCAGGGGAACCGAUGACUAUGUUCUCCUGCCCGGACCGGCGCGGAGGUACCGCGUGUUCCAGGCAGCACCUCAAGAUUCCAGGGGAAUGCCGGCGAAGAAGCCGGUGGCUGACUACUUCUUGUAGCUCGCCUAUACAAAAAGGAAGGAAACGAAAAAAAAAGGAAGGAAAAGGACACCUCCCCAUGCGAUGACGAUACCCGGCGUCCUCUGAAGCGAUGCAAAUCUCCGAAAGUAACGAAAACAAUUACAAAAGGCAAUGGUCAACGGUACUCGGGCGCAUCGCGUGUGUCUUGUUAGUUCUUUCUUGUAAGCGUGCGCAAAGGUUUGGUUGAUGGACGAGCACUGGAGUUUCGAGGACAUGAAUGAACAGGAUAUUUCAUCAUGUGUAUCUCUACAUUUCGGUGACUUCCUCCUGUCUUGCGACUACCGGGUUCUAAAGUUAGACGCCGUUUCCCCCUCCCGUUUUGAACACCAAGAUUCUCAUUGCCCAGAGCUCCUCUCGUUCCUGGACUCUAAACACGGGUUGAAAUGAUUCAAACGGAAUAACACGUAUGCAUGCCGACCAUGAUCCUUUCCGGUUUCUGCCUGACCCGGUCGAUAAAGCUUAGCUCCCAGUGGACACGGUUCCUUGUCUUGGUGAUCCAGUUGAGGAAGCAAUCCCCAUGCACCACACCGCCCAGAAAGAUCUUUUCUUCCAGCGUCAUCUGCUGCAUCAGCUUUAUCUCCAACUCUUCUAGCUCCGCCGAAUCGCGGUCCAACUUGUCGCAGCACUCAACUAUGUCCUGUUGCGUCUGCAAGAUCACCGACUCCUCCGUGGGACUCAUGUCUGUGAGCUUCCUCAUGGUAUCCGUGUGCAGGCUAAUUCUGCUCCCGAGUAGUACGAUCCUGUUGUGCGUCGCCUGGCGCCUCUUAAAUGGUCUGAUGGACAUGUGCGCGAGCGCCGUUUUCAGCUUCUCGAGCUUCUUCCUCUGCCUGCGGCGUGCCAUGAAGCUUGACGCGGAGAUGGAGCCCGGUGUCUCCUCGGUGAGGGGGAUGAGGAACUCGAACCAGCGGCAGUAGCGCCGGGCCAUUUUGUCACUUUCUCCGUUGCAGAACUUGGUGCGCAAGCUUUCUACAACAAUGACGGACGGUGGGGUUUCCCAGUCUGGUGAGGCGAUGCUGUGGUUGGUGUUCGUCGAGCUUUGGUUUCUUGCGCCUUCGUUGGUCGGGCCACCGUUUCCCAAGCCAUGGUUUCUUGGGGCGUCGUUUCUAGAGCCGGACGUCUUCCUUUUCCCAAAGGGGUUGAGACUGCUUGGGCUUCUUGCCGAGAGGCGGAACUAAAUCGUCCUCGCCGUGUCUUUUAUGGCCCCGAGGCCCUACAUUGUCGCUUUCUACAUCGUCGCUUUCGGCGUCCGGAUCCGGCCCAAUAUCUUUUAGCCACUGGUGAACCUUGGAGUUCUCGACUGUCUCCUCCUGCUCAUCAAGCUGUCUCCUGAUAUGCACCGCGCCACUCAUGUCCCCCGGCAGCCGAAGAGAUGGUCUAUCCUGGUCCAUAUUGUAGGUGACGGGCUUCAGUGCGGGUCGCGAGUAGUCUGCAUCCGCGGUAGGCCAUACUCUGUACUCGCGUCCAAAGGGCGCAACCCAUUUCAUAUGCUCUUGGGGGCUUGGUGGAGAUGUUCUUGUUGUGUUUCUAGAGGGAGAUUGGGAACGGUGUGGCUCGAAGCGGAGUUGCGCUUUAGAGGAUGAGGGCCUCUGGGGCUCCUCGAUACCGAGCCCGACCUGUUGAACUGUUGGACCGUCGAAAACGGACUGAGGAAUGGACCUUGCCGGUUUUCGUUGGAAGCAAGCCGGUGGCUUCGACCGGGGAGUUGGUGAUAUCUGCCUCAGUUGCUGGCGGUGGACGGGAAAAAAGCUUUCGCCGUAGGGCGGCGUCGGCGCAGCACCAUCUGCCUCCCGUUCAACAUGCUCUAGCUGAUUGCGGAUGAAAAUUCUUUGUUGCUCUAGCAUUCGUUCCAUGCAUUUGAACGUUGCGGAUGCGUCCUCUCUAUCCGGUUCUAUUCUCAACAGCUGGUCGAGUGCCUCGUCGAGCUCGCCGAGGAGACGUUGGAGACAUUGGAUUACAUUAGUGUGUAAUCCCUUUCGGACCUCGUAUUCCGUGCUGCCUCUCUCGUACUCGACUCGAUUGGAUGUCGCAAAGAUGGCCAAAAGGCUUAACUCUGCGGGUGUGUGCUGUUGUGACAUUCGAGAUUUGUGUCGUCUGAGGAUUUCUUGGGCCAAGUUGAGGCUGGAGGGAGGCGAGGUUGGAUGGAAAUCGCAUUGGAAAGUCGAAAGAAGCGAGAUUUCGGCCGAUGAUUAUCGUGGGAAUUUGCUACUUAUGUCCAUUGAGUGUUCGACUCUCUCUACCUGUAUCCUAGGUGCUCUAGCAAGGGCUUUCACCUUUCAGCCAUACAAUGUUGUUUGGCAUCGACUAUGCAGCUCCCGUUCUCUGGAAAAGGAAUCGAGACGUUUUUUUAGUGCCCGACCCCAGCGCCGUACUCAAGGGAAGAUGCCUUUGUCGCAUUAUCAUCGUAUUCUUUGGCUUGGACAUAGCAAGGGCACACUUCGCCCUUCACCUAUUGUGCUCGUUGGCACUUUGUACAGAACAAUCAUUCCAACAACAAUUGAAAUCAAAGGUAAAUACGCUGCCCCCUCCCUCGAACCUCGAAGGGCGUGCCCGAACUGCUCGAGUGUAGCAUUGCUAUUCCAGAGGCGCGCUUCGUCUUCGGGUUUAAUAGCGGUUCGUCCAUUGUUGUCUCUUCUCGCUGCAGGGUGGCUCGGCCGGCGGUUCAAAGCAAUGGCCCAUUUGUGAGUCUUGGAAUAUAUUCGUCUCGUUUACUCUCAGCCAAGCCUUCGGUCGAGAUCCGUUCUGUGGAAAGAGGCCGUUGGCACCCAUGCGUAAGGAUCAACGACCGCCUGCUGCGGUGCUCGUUCCUCAGCACUCGAUUUUGUAUCAGCUAUAGGGAACGGGCCAGGGUUAUUUUUGACUAUGGAUUCAAGUUGGCUUGCAAAAAAUACCGGCGACUGGUGAUGUGAUGUAUGGUACACAGCGUAAGACGUAGUGGGUGGCCCGCAGCAAGCCAGGGGUAGAGGUGCUGUUGGAGGGUUUGCUGCUGGGAAAAAUGAUCGAUAGGCGAAUGUUUGGUUCGUGCCAUAUCUCGGCGGGUUCAGUGGAAUGUCAUUGACUUCUUGACCAUGAUUGGCGUUUGCCCAUUCGAUGCUCUCUUGGCUGGAUCUAUGACCGCCGUAUCCGUUGCUAGGUAGGGUUUCGGGCCGUGGAUAAGAAGUCGGUCGAGGGUUCAAGUUUGACGAUGACGUGGAAACCAACCCACAAAUCUGCUGAAUACCAUCUUCAGGAGUUUCGUAGUCUUCGAUCGAUGAGUCUUCUGAUGCUUGAUACAUCGAGUUUCGAUUGGGGGUUGUUGGCUGGUUCGCUGGCGCGAACAGCUCGUGCUCCUGAAGGCAGGGUGGCCGCCGCGGAGCGAGCAGGCGUUCCAACGUGGCUGCCGCCUGCCCUUGUUGCACACUGCUGCUCUCGUGCAAAACUGGCUGGUUGGCCACUGCCAAGGAAUUCAGCGUCCCGGCUUGAAUAUAUUGUUCGAUUUGCUCGUCAACGAGGCCCAAAGUGUGGAGAAGCUGUCGCAGCUUGUGAUUCUCGUUGGCAACGUGACGCGCAGCUUGCUGCACUUCGGCAGAAGCUUCCACUCCUUUGGAAUGGCAUUGCCGAAGCUUUUGCUCAAUCUCAAGGACAUACUCCUUUUUUCGAGCCCUUGAUCGACGCUGGUUGUCCCGGAUACGACUCCUCUCCUUUUCCUGCAGUCCAGGUACUGGUAAGCCACUUCCCGGCCAAAGCAGAAUGCCGACCAAGCCCAGCUGUGUUGAAACCAAAAAAAUCACUGACCGCUUCCAUUUGGCUCCUUACUGGCUCGUACCCACACACCACACUAUGGGAAAUAGAGACCCUCUCUUGAAGAAAAAGGGCGGUGUUUGUGAAUGGAAGAGUGGUACCAAAGAAGUCCCUUCUCUACCACAGGGGAAACAGCCGGAUGUAUUGGGAAGUUGGACAGCUGCCAUGUGCAAGAUGAGGCGGGGACCAAGAAACCUUAGCUGACGCUUGCUACAUGGGUUGACUAGGUGUGAAUGGGCAAGU